ACAUAAAUUGGGUCAAAGGGUGCUAGUAGGAAGUGUCCUAACAAUUAUAGUUGUUAUGCCAAGUAAAGGGCGGUUAAAGCUGUCAGGAGAGGACAGAAAUCUGUAAUAUUCAGCCUGCGUGUCCUGUCAGAGUAUCAAGACUAACUUUGAGUCUGAAAUAAUCUCAGCAGCUGUAGUUUAACGUUUACUAGCUAGCAUUAGCUUUAGCUAGCUGCUCUGAAUUUUAUCCAGCUUGACGAGCUUCAACACCGGACUGUCAGCCGGGGAAAGUGUCCUCCUCUCGGCGCUAGGAUGAUCCUGCUCCUGCUGGUAUGCAGCCUGUCACUGGCUGCCACGGGACAGAAGGAAGAAGACGACUGGAUAGACCCUUACGACAUGCUCAACUACGAUGCGAGCACCAAAACUAUGAAGAAACCUGCAGAGUCUGAAAACUAUCCCAAUGUGCCAACCAAAAGAAGAGAGUACAGUGAGACUGAGCAGACCCAGUGUGACAAACAAGUAGCAGAUCUACAGAAACAGGUCGAAGAGCAAAAGAACACGAUCAAGCUCAUGUCGCAGCAGCCUACGUGCGCUCCAGUGUUCAAGCGAUUUCUUAAAAGAGUCCUGAACGAAAUGGAAAGAGUUGGUAUGCCAAGCGACUCCUCGGACCUCUUCUAUGAUGCCAAAGUCAAACUGUCCAAACACACCGUGACAGAGAUUAAGGCAUUUCUUGAGGGUCAAGACAGCUCACGACUAGGGGCUCUGGACAAUGCUGUCAGUCAGAUACUGGUGGAACUCAGAGCACAUAACUAUGAGGCCUGGAAGUGGCGUUUCGAAGACUCCUUUGGCGUGGAGCUUGACACAGUAUUAAAAAUGGGGCUGUCUGUUCUGAUCAUAGUGGCCAUCAUAUGCACUCAGCUGUGGUCAACGGUGUCCUGGUUCAUACAGUUCAGUAGACUGUUUGCUGUCUGCUUCUUUAUCAGCAUUAUCUGGAACUGGUUUUAUCUGUACAAGAUUGCUUUUGCUGAUCACCUAAACAAGAUGGCAAAGAUGGAUGGCAUCAAUGAAAAAUGCACUGGACUUCAGAAAAUUAACUGGGUGGAUAGCUUGAAAGAGGUUUUCAGAAGCACCUUGACUCUUCAGGAUGACCCUUGUAAGAAAUACUACGAACUCAUCAUGGUCAACCCGAUUCUGCUGGUACCGCCUAUCAAGGCAAUCUCGGUUACCUUCACAACCAUGAUCACAGAGCCACUGAAGCACGUUGGCCAGGGGAUCAGUGAGUUUCUUCGAGCCCUCCUCCAAGAUCUUCCUAUUACCCUGCAGAUCCCAGUUCUACUAACUAUCAUGCUGUGCAUUAUGGUAUGCAUGUAUGGAGGUGUGCAGUCAGCCUUUCAGUAUGGCAUCCUUGCACCUUUCCGCCGCCCUCGAAGGGAACCACCUCCUGAACAGCUAGAGCAGCCGCAGCAACGCCCCCUGGGGAUCGAGUACCGUGACCACUUAGCAGGAGGGGACGCACCACAACAUGCCCCAAGGCAUCGAGCCGACGAUGCCAGGCUACACAGGAAUCAAGUUCAUCAGAGGCGGCCCAACAGGCCCAGGAACCAGUCAACCAAGGUGGUUGUGGAGACACUACGGACUGCCUACCCUGCUCACAGUGAGGACGAGACGGAUGCUGCGCAGCGUGAGGAAGAGCAGAAUGUCUCUGCUGAGUCAGAUCCAGAAAACCAGCAGGACGUGCAGGAGGAGCCAGCAGGAGUGGCUGCUAGCAGUGUUGAUGCUAAUAAAACCAAAUCAGAACCUAAACCCCGUGAAUCAGAUCCAGCUGAAUCAAACUCUAUGGAUGUUGACACAGACUUUUCUAGAGAUGGACGCCACACAGAUGGUGCAGCAGGUGAUCCUCAGCCAGCAGAAAGACGUCCGGCAGAGAGACAGCCGGCAGAAAGACAGCCUUCACAAACUAAUGUUCAGCAUGGCACAUGCGCUAAUGGAUUGAUGAAUAUUCACACGCAACAUAAAUUGGACCCUCCAGCACCAGCAGACGACAGGACUCCCCCUCUCUCGCUGUCACCAGUUGAAACUGUCGGUAUUUCCGUUCAGGAGACAUCUCCAACAGCAGAGUAGACAUCGGCAUCCACAUCGGUCAAAGCAAGAAGGCUGUUUCAUUGUUUAUGUUAACCAGCUAACUUUAUCAAGCUGCUGUAUGUGCCUUUUCCAAAACAGGAGGCACAAAUACAUUAUGGUGAAUCUGACGAUGAUGUCAGCUCUGCUGGGUUUUUUUUUUUGUCAGAUGGAAAGACCAUGACGUUGAAUCAGCUGCACAGCAGCCAGACUCAAACAGGUGUCAGGAAACAGGAAAUGAAUAUGUUAAAAACAGCACUGUUUAUUUAAUGUCGUGUUUCAGACCAGGUUUUCUUACUUUCACUGAAUUGAUCAUGAAAGAUAAUGACUUGUUUGAAUUUUGAAGUUGAAAUCUAAGCUUGGAUUUUGUCAUUUAGAAGGGAUCAAAGGUAUUUCUCUAUGCUGGUUUAAAAAUGUUCUUUUUUAUAGUAAGCAAUUUUUGUAGAUAUAAAGGGUUUGUACAUGGAGGCUUUGAAGCGGUGAUUCUGAAGUCAGUUUCUGCUGAGCCUUUUUAUUUCUUAAUGUAAGGAGAAAAUUGCUUGAACAAAGCAUAAAAACCAUUGCUGACAACUUGAUUAGGCGCGUUGGAAGAAGUUGUGAAUUUCAUGAAUUCAUAAACAAAUCUGUAUGGUACAAAAGCAUCAGUUUAAAGUUAAAUCAUGGUCAGCUCAGAGUAAUCUUCCCCAAAAGUGUAAACACAGACACAGUUUGUUAGAGUGCCAUAUUUCCUAUCAGGAGAGUAAAUAUUGGAUUUAUAUUCGUCAUGACUGGAUGUGUUAACUAGCUACUGAAAUGUUUAAUACCUCAACUCUACAGGGUGAUCAUAAAUCUGUGUUGUGGGUGUACAGUUUAUUUUCAUCGCUCACUAAUAGCAAAGCUGUUUUUAAAAUAAUCUAUUGCUUCUUGGAUAUUUCUCAAGUCAUCAUGAAUAUUCU